AUGUUGGCUUGCCAAAAGCCUCCUGUAUACUGUAUCAUCACAGAAUACAUGUCACAAGGAACUCUAAGGAUGUAUUUGAACAAGAAAGAGCCAUACUCACUUUCAACUGAAACUAUUCUGAGGUUAGCACUUGAUAUUUCCCGAGGAAUGGAGUAUCUUCAUUCACAAGGGGUGAUCCACAGAGAUCUCAAAUCCAAUAACUUGCUUCUAAAUGAUGAGAUGCGUGUGAAGGUUGCAGACUUUGGUACAUCUUGCUUAGAAACACAGUGUCAAGAAGCCAAGGGAAACAUGGGAACUUACCGUUGGAUGGCCCCAGAAAUGAUCAAGGAGAAAUAUUAUACUCGGAAAGUUGAUGUAUAUAGUUUUGGGAUUGUGCUAUGGGAGCUCACAACUGCUUUGCUUCCUUUUCAAGGAAUGACCCCCGUGCAGGCUGCAUUUGCUGUGGCCGAAAAGGUUAGAUUUUUCAAAAUGUCAUUUUCCUUGUGA